AUGGAGGCCUACUUUGGGCAGCCGGAUGCACUCAAGAUGCGGGACGUGCGGCGGGAGCUGUCGUAUCAGGUCGGGGCCACACCUGGCGGCACGGAGACACCGAGGUGCCUGGUGGACCCCGCUUGCGCAGACAGGAUCAGGUCGCUGCCGCAAGAGCACAGCGCCUCGCCCGUCACCGGGGCAGAUGCCAAGUGGCGCUUCUUCUGGCGUGUGGGCGCGCGGCCACGGGACUCUGAAUAUGCAGAGCUGAACGCGGAACCUGUGGUGCCUGAGGGCUUUCCACAGUGGGCAGCGGUGAUGGACACAUGGGGCGAAGCGAUGAUGGGCGCAGUGCGGCUGGUGGCGCGCGCAGCGGCGGUGGGCUUUGGGCUGGAGCCCAACUCCCUGACGUCACUCAUGGAUGAGGGCCCACACCUGCUGGCGCCGACUGGCAGCGACCUGGGGCAGCACCGGCAGCUGGGGACCGUGCUGGCAGGGGUCCACUACGAUUUGAACAUGCUCACCAUACAUGGCCGCAGGCAAGUGCCAAAGAAACCCCCUGUAGUAAUAUCCCUGCUGUACGCGGGCCUGCUGCGCUGCCCUCAGGCUCACCCGCUCCGCUUCCCCGGGCUGUACGUGUGGCUGCGCGACGGCCGCCGGGUGCUGGUUCGCGUGCCACCGGGCUGCCUGCUGCUGCAAGCCGGCCGCCAGCUUGAGUGGCUGACCGGCGGCCACGUGCAGGCCGGCUGGCACGAAGUCGUCGUCGCUCCUGAGACCUUGGCCGCGGCGGAGGCAGCGGAGGCCGCCGGCCGGAGCCUCUGGCGGGUGAGCAGCACCGUGUUUGCGCACGUCGCGUCGCGCCAGGUGCUGCAGCCGCUGGGGCGGUUCGCGGAGCUGGCGGGAGCGGUUGAGGCGUACCCGCCGACGCCGGCAGGGCGGCAGGUGCAGCAGGAGCUGGACCUGAUCAGCUUGGGAGCGGGCGGCAAGCCGCCUGGCGCGGCGGCGAGCGAGGCAGUGGUGGCUGCAGACGCGGCAGCGCCCGCAAGCAGCUGUGGGGCACUGUAG